CCUAAAACAAUACACUAUAUGUAAAAUAAGCUCUUGUAACGUGGAGUGAAACAUCGGACAUCAUGCAGAACAGUACAGGGUACAAACCAAAAACACAUCAGGGAGAUUCGUAUGGUAUUAUGUUUGUGCUAUUGUGUGUGUGUGCUAUUGUGUAUAGUAUUGUGCGUGUAUGCUAUUGUCCCUUACAGCUGAGGUGUCUGCUCAGAGCUGUGGGAUCGCAGCGUAUCCCCAGAUCCGCGUGGUGAACGGCGUGGAGGCUCGUGCCAACUCCUGGCCUUGGCAGGCGCUCGUGCAGAGGUACUCUGGAGGAAGAUGGGUCAACUACUGUGGAGGAACCCUCAUUGAUAGUCAAUGGGUGCUCACCUCUGCGAGCUGCUUCACGAGUGGCUACAGCUACAGGGUGGUGCUGGGAAAGCACAGUGUGUCCACAUCCGAGUUCGGGGAGGUCACCCCUCCAUUGAGCCUGGCCGUCUGGCAUAGCUACUGGAAUCCCAGCAUGCCGGCGAACGGGUGAGAACGCACACGGGCGCGCUAGUUAAGUGACACCGUGACAUUCAGAGUUGCAAUCGACAGAUAAACAUACAUGCAGACAAACAUUCAUAGAGACAUUCCAACAGACAAAAGACAGAUUAUUUUUAAACAAACAAAGAUUAUCAUGGACACUGCCGUAAAACGAAAGAACGCAUAAUUUGAAUAUCAUAUGUCAGUUAAGGAUCAUUUGUAAACAGUAGAAUUGUAUUAUAUUAUAGAAGGCAGUGUUAAUGGCAAGGCGAUGAGUUGUCUUGAUUUGUACUCGUACACUGUUUCCAGCACAUGCCCAUUCUUUGUUUGACAAAGAG